CGCCACUGCGGGGCCGGGGCGGAGCAGCGGCAUCCUUGAGGCUCCGUCCUUGGCGGGGAUUGAGCGCGGCCGCCGCCUCCCCCCGGCCGCGCCGCCGGGCCCGCCCCUUCCGUUGCGGAGCGCUCAUUGCCGGAGCCCCGCGCGCCGCGCUCCCCUCGCCGCUCCCGCGCUCCUUCUGUUGCGGAGCGCUCGUUGCCCGAACCCCGCGGCCCUUUCGUUGCGGAGGGCUCCUUGCCCGAGCCCCGCACACCGCGCUCCCCUCGCCGCUUCCGCGCUGCUCCCGCUGCCUGAACACCAUGGCCACUGUCAAGGACAAGCUGAUCAGCCCCGUCGCGGAAGGAGCCAAGGUUCCCAACAACAAGAUCACGGUUGUGGGGGUUGGCCAGGUUGGGAUGGCCGCUGCUAUCAGCAUCCUGGCAAAGGAUCUUUGUGAUGAGCUUGCUCUGGUUGAUGUAAUGGAAGACAAACUAAAAGGAGAAAUGAUGGACUUGCAGCAUGGGAGCGUGUUCCUUCACACUCACAAGAUUGUGGCAGACAAAGACUAUGCUGUCACUGCCAACUCCAAGAUUGUGGUGGUGACUGCAGGAGUGCGUCAGCAGGAGGGGGAGAGUCGGCUCAACCUGGUGCAGAGGAAUGUCAAUGUCUUCAAAUUCAUCGUGCCUCAGAUUGUCAAGUACAGCCCCAACUGCAUCAUCCUGGUGGUUUCCAACCCAGUGGAUAUAUUAACCUAUGUCACAUGGAAGCUGAGUGGGCUGCCAAAACACCGUGUGAUUGGAAGUGGCUGCAAUCUGGACACGGCCAGAUUCCGUUACCUGAUGGCUGAGAGACUUGGGAUCCAUCCAAGCAGCUGCCAUGGCUGGAUCUUGGGAGAGCACGGUGAUUCCAGUGUGGCUGUUUGGAGUGGAGUGAAUGUGGCAGGGGUUUCCCUCCAGGAGCUGAACCCUGACUUGGGAACUGACAAAGAUCCUGAGAACUGGAAAGAGAUCCACAAGCAAGUGGUUGCAAGUGCCUACGAGGUGAUCAAACUAAAGGGAUACACAAACUGGGCUAUUGGCUUUAGUGUGGCUGACCUCUGUGAGACUAUCCUGAAGAACCUGAACCGAGUUCAUUCAGUUGCUACUCUGGUAAAGGGCAUGUAUGGCAUUGAGAAUGAAGUCUUCUUGAGCCUUCCUUCUGUCCUAAGUGCCUCUGGCCUGACGAGUGUUAUCAACCAAAAGCUGAAGGACGACGAGGUGACCCAGCUGAGGAAGAGCGCGGACACGCUGUGGAACGUCCAGAAGGAUCUCAAGGAUCUGUAACUCAGGAAUGUUAGUUUCCAACAAUAGAAAAACAGCAUGUUGUUUGCAGAUGUGGGCUCUACUCACCAUAUAUCUCAAAGGUUAACAUGGAAUGUUCUUCCUGACUUUGGUCCAUGGUAGCUAAACUUACGCUUGCUGUAACGCACAAACCUUACAAAUAAAGCAAUUUUCAGGCGUC